CGGAGGCGCAGGGUGGGCGGGAGCUUCCGUGGCUGUAAGGAGGCGGAGCAACAGCGGCAGCAGAGCCGGCGGCGGCGGAGGAGGAGGAGGAGGAAGGAGCAGGAGCUUCUUGGAGGAGAGGGAAGUUUCGUGGCUCGAAGGGGAAGAGGAUGGUGAAGGAGGCGGCGUGAGCAGUAAUUGGAGCUCCUGGCAUGGAACUUAGCUGGGUUGAUUUGUGGGAACUAUAAGGUUUAUCUCUUUUCUUUUGCUAACCUAUGCACCUCCAGCAACUUCCUGCUGCUCGUAAGUGAUGCUCCACUCAAUUUCUUCAAACUCCUUCUCAAAACCCACCUUUUGUUUUGCCAUCACGAAAGCCAAAGUGGAUUUCUCCGGUGUGUUGUGUUUGCCCCCUUCCGUCAUUGCUGGAAAUGGGCUGGACGGAGGAGGGGCUGGCGAGAAUGAAGAUGAGACGCUGGUGGUGUCUCUCUCGGGGGCACCAAGCCCACAGAGUGAAGCUGUUGCCAACGAGCUGCAGGAGCUCUCCUUGCAGCCCGAGCUGACCUUAGGCCUCCAUCCUGGCCGGAACCCUAAUCUUCCCCCACUGAGUGAGAGGAAGAAUGUGCUACAGUUGAAGCUCCAGCAACGACGGACACGGGAGGAGCUGGUUAGCCAAGGGAUCAUGCCUCCUCUGAAAAGUCCAGCUGCAUUUCAUGAACAGAGGAGGAGUUUGGAACGGGCCAGGACAGAGGACUAUCUGAAACGUAAGAUACGGUCCCGGCCAGAGAGAUCAGAAUUGGUGAGGAUGCAUAUUCUAGAAGAAACUUCUGCUGAACCUUCCCUUCAGGCUAAGCAGCUGAAAUUGAAGAGGGCCAGACUGGCCGAUGAUCUCAAUGAAAAAAUUGCCCAGCGCCCAGGUCCUAUGGAGUUGGUAGAGAAGAACAUUCUGCCUGUGGAAUCUAGCCUGAAGGAAGCGAUUAUAGGUCAGGUGAACUACCCAAAGGUAGCAGAUAAUUCUUCUUUUGAUGAGGACAGCAGUGAUGCCCUUUCUCCAGAACAGCCGGCCAGUCAUGAAUCCCAGGGGUCUGUGCCAUCCCCAAUGGAAGCACGAGUUGGCGAGCCACUUCCUGCCACCACAGUGGCUUCCCCUGCUCAGGUUGUCUGUCAGUUGAAAAUCAGUACAGACUGUAGUGACACACCUUUCCUGUCUGAACAGCCACCAACCCCCCUGCCGCCGCCACCACCUCCGGUGCCUCCUAAUCUCACUAAUGGAAUUGCUACUCCUGCUGCCAAACCACUUCCAACUCUUAUAAAGCAAAGCCAGUCCAAGCCGUCAUGUGAAAAGUCCCAGCGUAGCAAAAAAUCCAAGGAACCGAAACCAAAAGUCAAGAAGCUGAAAUACCACCAGUAUAUUCCACCGGACCAAAAGCAGGACAAAGGAGCUCCUCCCAUGGAUUCAUCUUAUGCCAAAAUCCUGCAGCAACAGCAGCUCUUCUUGCAGCUCCAGAUCCUUAAUCAACAGCAGCAACAGCACUACAACUAUCAAACCAUCCUACCAGCUCCACCAAAGCCUCCAGGAGAGCAGCAGAAUGGCAGUAAUGCUCCACCUAUCCGUAGUCUCUCAGCUUCUGGUAGUAGCACCUCUUCUGUUUCUUCUAACUCUAACGGGCUGAUGCGACAAAACAGCAAUGUUCCAAUGGCCAAGCCAGGAGCUCUUCCUGCAAAUCUUGAUGACAUGAAGGUGGCAGAGCUGAAGCAAGAGCUGAAGUUGAGGGCACUGCCUGUGUCAGGUACCAAGACUGAUCUAAUUGAGCGGCUCAAGGCUUAUCAAGAUCAGAAUGGUACAGCUGGUCGAGUAGUCACUGCUCCAAAGCCCAAUACGGCAAUUCUGCCGAAGGCUGCUGAAGUAGUAGUAGCUUUCCCUGCUGCUAGGCUGAGUACAGGGCCUGCACUGGUCAGUACGGGCAUUACUUCAGCAGAGGUUGUCAUGGCCACAGUCAGUGGCAGUGGUGUAAUGAAGUUUGGUAGCACAGGCUCAACUCCUCCUGUGUCACCUACCCCUUCUGAGCGCUCUUUGGUGAGUGCUGGGGAUGAGAAUUCAACCAGUGGGGAUGCUUUUGGGGAAAUGGUGACUUCUCCUCUGACUCAGCUCACCUUGCAAGCGUCGCCUGUGCAAUUUUUGGUGAAGGAAGAAGGCUCCAAAGGCAGCACUUUUAGUGCAAAUCUGGUAUCAAGGGCAGAGUCCUGUAUUAGCAGCAGCAGCAAACAAGACAUGGAGGUCCAAGAUAAAGACCAGAUGCUUCAGGAGAAAGAUAAACAGAUUGAGGAGCUGACACGCAUGCUAAAACAGAAGCAGCAGCUGGUGGAGAUGCUGAAGCUGCAGCUAGAAAGAGAAAAACGGUCUCAGCAGCCAGUACUAGCUAUGGCUGUUGGAGAAGAGGGCACAGCUGCAGUCCCUGAGCCACCUAUGUUUGGUACCCAUGUUAAGAGUGAAAAAGGCUUUGUGAGUUGCCAAUCCACAGGGCAGCCUAACUGCCAAACGGACCAAUUAAAACCCACACAGACCACAAGCCAAAUGGACACCUCAGAUACAAGCUCAGUGCCAAAGAAAGCUAUAAUGGUGAAGCAGGAGGUGCCAGCUGCUGAAACCCAGUCAUCAUGCCAGACCUCAAGUUUUUUCCUUGGCCAGCAAGCUGGGGGUUUCAGUGACCUCAUCAAGGGAGCCUCUCCCCCUACCCUCAUCACAGAUUCCACUGGCACUCACAUCGUCCUUACAGUGACCAAUCAGAAUACAGAGAGGCAGGGCCUCUCACCUCAGGACACAGCGGGGAGUGGCUCAUUGCCAUUGAAGAGAGUAUCAUCUCCAUCAACUAAAGCAUCCAGUCAGCCACCAGUAAGCAGCUCCCAUACAUCUCUGCAGACACUGCCAAGUGAAGCUAACAAGAAGGGCCAGAAGCUAGGUCUGCAGAUGGUCAGUGGGCAACUGCCUCAAACGGUCUUAUCUUUCUCUGCACCUCCCAACUUACAGCCCUUUUUCCUGAAUGGCUUCCACAAAGGACCCCUGAAAAACAGUGUUCCUAGCAAAACUGGCCAGUCCAGUAUGCCGAAAAAGCUUAUCUCACAGCCAGGCUCUCCGGCUCUUCCAUCUCCUUCCCAACUGGACCUAGAGCAGCAGAACCUGCCCUUCUUUGGUACUCCGCCUCUGUCUCUACCUGCCUCCUCAGUAUUGAUGAAAGAACCACCAGGUUAUGAAGAAGCUGUGAAACAGCAACCAAAGCCCCCUGAGGAGAAUGGUUGUUCAAGUCAACAGAUGGAUGAUCUGUUUGACAUUUUAAUUGAACAUGGAGAGAUUUCAGCUCAAUUCAAGGAGCAGUCUUCCCCCGCGAGAAAAGAUGCCGCUGUCUCCCCAGGGUGCCCUUCUUUGUCCAGCAGCCACCAUUCCUCAGAGUUCCCCCUCCAAGUUCCCAUGGGCCAGACCACCUCUGUUAAUCCCACUCCCGCAGGCCGGCUGGAAGACUUCUUGGAGAGCAGUACUGGCCUCCCUCUGCUGACCUCUGGCCCUGAUGGACCUGAGCCUUUGUCCCUCAUUGACCUCUACAGUGAGAUGCUAAGCAGUUCAGCUAUCCUGGACCACCCAUCCUCACCUAUGGACACGUCAGAAUUGCACUUUGCCCCUGAGCCUACUGGGGGACCAAGUCUGGACCUGGCAGAGGCCAACUUAGACAGUAUGGACUGGUUGGAGCUGUCGGGAGGUCCGGUGAUGAGCCUCACUCCCCUCAGUACUGCAACACCUAGCCUCUUCUCCACAGACUUUCUUGAUGGACAUGAUCUGCAACUGCACUGGGAUUCUUGCUUAUAGCUCUCCUGAGUGUGCAGAAGGGGUGUUUUCCAGGUGUGUAUAGAAUAUGGGUUGGAGCUUAAGUCAAAGUUGCAUCUAAAGAACACCCUUCACCACCAUUUUGACCAGCUUGUGUGAAGGUAAAGCCAAGGGCAAGUACCAGUGAUGUCUUCUGAAUGAAGAUUCAAUCUCAGGCAAGUAACCACCUUUCUCAUGACCGAAGGUGGCAUGAGACAUAGCCCUUUCCUCAAGUAAUCAGUGGCUGUACCAGAGUUGUAAUGGUUUGUUGGAGGUUUUCAGCAUGGAGUACAAAUGUCAGCAAUCUGUCUGGAGUUUAGUUCAAGGCAGUUCAGAAGUAUUCAUUAGAGAAACUGGGCCUCUCUGCUGAUGAAAUGUGCCUAGUUAGAAAAGUUUUUUUUUAAGUUGGAAAAAUUGAUUUUGACAUGUUUUAAAAGAUUCCCUUAGACUUAAGACAAGGGAUCUUUUCCUGGUAAGAGGAUUGGGGAUCAUGAUAAAUACAGAACUGGGAUUCCUAAUAGCUGUAGUUACUGGGCAUCCCCAGUAAUGCCACAGUAUCUAUGCUUUCUGGCUAGCAAGAACUCCAAGCCCAAGCUAUGUGCCAGAAUUUGGACAGUAGUCACUUUCCCUUGGCUUGCGACUGAUUCCUGCAUGUAGUCCUUAUUCCUGGCUUGGCCCAGCUAAAAUAAAAGACAUGAUCAUGUACCUGGAUUGUGGUAUUGCACCUGGGUAGAAUUCCUUUUUUGAGCAGUGAGCUGGCCAUGAAUCAAGACAGCUGCAUCAAGGGUUAUGUUUGCAGCCUCCUCUUUUUUAGCCCUGUGAAACCUAGUUGCCUACUAGAACUUGCUGUUUUGAAGAGAUUAACUUCUGGAAAGGUUUGGCCUUUUGGUGAAUUAACUUCUUGGCAGCACAAGCAUCUGGGUAGUAUGCUGCUGUACCUAGUGCUUUUGCUUUUCACUGAUUUCACUUUGGCCACUUCCCCACAAAUUUCCAGCAUUGGAAGUGUAGCUUCUGAUGUGCUCAAGACUGGCAUUACAGGGAAGUCUGGUCUCAGUAGCUGACUGCACAGAAGGGGUUAUGGUGGCACUUCUUUUUGCAGCAGCUUAAUUAAUGACAACUCCUGUGUAGGAAGCGGUUUUAAUCCAAACGGGCUUCAGAGAACUUGAGCACCACACUGCUCUGAAGGCAGAAGCCUUUAGUGCUGCUUGCUAAGCAGCUGCAUGCUUCAUUGCACAGAGGAAAUUUCCUGUAGCCAUAAUCCCUGCUGCCGUGAAAAAUGGUUCUAAACCACAGUCUUGCCUCUUGAUACUUGGUUUCAUUUAUAGCUGGUAAAAAAUUCUGUAUAUAGCACUGUAAAAUUGUUUUGUUUUAGAAAGGAAAGGAAAUUAAUCCACCUAGUUAGAAGGUGGAACUUCUUUUUUUGCUCCUCCUCUUCUGCGAUAACCUGUUGAGGAGCUUCUAUUUUAGCCUGUGGUUUGGGGCAGAAGAGGACUUGAUCCUCACACUGCCAGUUUUAGCCUUAUUGCACAUGUCACUCAAAGGAAAUCAUGCUCCUAUCAGUCUUUCCCCCCUCCCACAGAAAAUGCGUAGUCAUGCAUCUGCUGGCACUGCAUUCCUUUCCAGAGUGAGGGAGUGAGUUUCCUUCUCUUCUUUCAUAGGAGUCCCUUCACUUCUGGUUCCUUUACACAUUAUGGAGACUGUAACAUAUCAUAUACCCCAUUAUGAUAAACGGACUGAUCCUCAAGAGAUGAUCGCAGUUAUGUGACUAGCUGUUGUCCUGACAUAGCCACUGCAUGUGAAGCUUGUUUCAUUCAUUUUUUUUUAAAUCAUUGUUUUCUCUGUGAAAAUCAGGUUGUUACAGUUGCUGAAGGUGUAUUUUCUGUAUUGUCUCUGGUACCUGCUACUGAUCAUAUCAAUCACUUGGUCUGUGGCUGAGUUGGAAGGUUGGUGCUAGAUUUGUCAUUGUUCACUGUGCAGAAGAAUUGUGUAUAGCAGAUUAAUUUCACUUUAAAAGGCAUGAGAGCACCCAAGUUAGUAAAACCUUCUUGUCUCUUUUGUCACACUGAGAGCAGUGGAUGCACUUCAAUUUGAUAUUUACUGGCUGUGUUAGGGCACCUUUUUUAUCAGUAAAAUGGGCUCAUGUAGAAAGGUGCUAUGAACAACAUCUGUCUGGCUUAUUGUUUGUUGUACAAUAGUCUAAGACAAGAACAUUUUUUCUUUAUAAAAUGUUGUAAUUUUAGACUAUUGUACAAUUAGGAUGAGACUGCAAGAACUUUGACCAACCACUACUGUUAACCCAAAAGGUGCCAGCCCUAGUUUGGUGCACUGCCUAUUGUAGGGAUAUUAUUCUUUUAUGGAAUGGGAAAGUAAUUGGGAUUACACUAGUGUCAGUUUUUCCCAGUAUAUCAGAUAGUAGCUCUGCUUUUUAAAGUAUGUCCUCUAAAUUCUUCUUUUAUAUUGAACACAGUAAAACAGGCAUCUCUCUGCCUCUCUAGUUUGAAUGUACUUAUUCUUCUGCUGAUAACCACUACUUGUAAUAACUCAUAUUUGAUUAACACGCACACUUCCUUCCACUAUGCAUCAGUGAAAAAGGUUAUCAGCAGAGGUGGGAGACGUAGGCAGUGUUGUAGAAUUGGACUUAGCAUGAACAUGCAACUGGAAAAAGGUAUGGAAUGAGCAGUUAUUUGGGGAGAGAAUGGAUAAAUCAAAUUAUUUUUUCAGUUACAGAUAUUUGAAAAAUCCAUUUUAUUAAAAAAAAAUUGUGUUCUAG